ACAUCAUCAGUGGGAGGCAAGUCUCUAUUUAAGGUAGGUCUAUCUCCUUCAUGUGUUUCAGCAUCUCUUCUUUCUGCCAUAACUGUAGGUGAGACUUUUUAACUUUUCCAGAUUCUCUUCAAAUUGUGCAAGCAAGCAAGACCCAUUAUUGUUUGGAUCCUUAAAAUGUUAGAAUUUAUUUAACAGGCACGAUUGAUAUAAUCCAGGUAAGGAAUGCGAAUAGCAAUGCUAUGCCACAAAGUCAAAGUCAUUCCCUUAUAAUUAUUGAACAAAUUAAAGCUCAAUAUCUAUUUUGUCAAAAUAAUAGCGAAUACUUUUGGCAUAAAUUAAUGGAAUUGCAACAACUACUUUAUUAUAUUUAAUUCUUUUUAUUUAUUAUAAAAAAAGGCAAACUCAUAUCCACUAAUGGAGAGGCUAUAAAGUUGCCUCUCUCUGUAAGACACUCAUAUUUGGUUGAAAAACUUGUUGAAAACUUUGCCGACGCAAAUUCACAAAUGUCCUCAAAAAGAUAGUGAUAUGAGAAACGCGUCAAGAUAUAUUUAUAUGAAAGAAAGACUGCCCAAAUGAGCAUUGAAUUCAAAGAUGUCUUUUUCAAACAAAAAGCUUUAAAACCUGGAUUUGAGAAGUAGCCUUGAAAGAUCACCGCAACAAGAAGGAAGAACCUUUUUUUUUUGAAACCAGAAGGAAGAACUUAAAAAUGCUCUCAUUUCUUAUCUUUCUUUCUUUGUUUUCUUUCCUAAAGGAUGGCUGAAGAUGUUUUGCUUUUUCAACAAGGAUUCAUUGAUCAUUAAGGCUCCUAAGAAAUCCCCAUUAGUAUUGAGAUUGGUGGUGCUAGCAUUUGCUAUGGUUUGUGGAGUCUACAUUUGCUCCAUAUGUAUAAAACAAAUAGGCCCCCACACAACAGCCACACUCCUAAAUUUCAAAGUAUUUGACCAACAAUGUAAUACUUCAAAUGCAGAACCGUGGGAACUUCAUUACAUGCACUACCCAGAACCUGAAACAUUUAGCAGGGAGGAAUGUGCCUGCAAUCCUGUAAGAUACUUUGCUAUCUUGUCCAUGCAAAGAUCCGGAAGUGGGUGGUUUGAGACAUUGUUAAAUAGUCAUAUUAAUGUUAGCUCUAAUGGAGAAAUCUUCGGAGCCAAAGAACGAAGGGCGAAUGUUUCUGCAAUUGUGAAGACAUUGGAUAAGGUAUACAAUCUUGAUUGGUUCAGCAGUGCUUCAAAGAACGAGUGCAAUGCAGCUGUUGGGUUCAAAUGGAUGCUUAAUCAGGGAGUGCUGGAACAUCACAAAGGUAUAGCGGAGUAUUUCAAGAAAAAAGGAGUUCAUGCGAUCUUCCUAUUCAGAAGGAAUUUGCUACGCAGAAUGAUAUCAGUACUUGCAAAUUCCUAUGACAAAAGCAAAAAACCACUCAAUGGAACCCACAAGUCUCAUGUCCACUCAUCUGUAGAGGCUAAGAUACUUGCAAAAUACAAGCCAAGAUUAAAUACCAGUACCUUGCUAUCCGAACUGAAGCACGUAGAUGAUAGAGCUAUCAGGGCCAUCAAGUACUUCAAGAGCACUCGCCACAUUGUUGUUUACUAUGAAGAUGUUGUGAGCAAUCGCACGAAACUCAAAGAGGUUCAGGAGUUUCUAAGGUUGCCACAUAGAGAGCUCACAAGUCGUCAGGUUAAGAUACACAGUGGAGCCUUAUCAGACCAAAUUCAGAACUGGGAUGAGGUCUCACAAGUACUGAAUGGAACAUCGUAUGAGAGCUUUCUUCAUUUAGACUAUCACAUGUAGGAUAACGACUUGAAUAACAGUGUUUUUUUUUUUUUUCAUAUCAAAUUUUGUAGCAAAGAAGCUUUCCACAGUUUUGGUCCUUGGAUGCAGCUAGACUUGCUAGGAUGCUGCCUCUUCCCUUACUCUCCUUGCGUUUUCUACCCAUCAUUACUUAAUGGUUAGAUUUAGAUAAGCCCUGUACUAGCAUCUAAACAUGAUCCUGUUCAUUCAAAUUCGCAAUAGCAAGUUAAAUUGUUAUCCUGGAUAAA